AUGGACAGUAUGAAAUCUUUGUGAUGGUCUGAAGAAGUUGAAGCAAUUUAUAAAAGCUCCCAGAAAAUUAGCAAGGCAGUAGUGCUAAUCAUAAUAAUAGCAAGAACAUUCAGUUUAGCAAUUUGGCCUUCUUAUCAUACACUAGUUUUAUGGAUCCCUACUUUUUGUACACACAUUUUAAUUUAUUUAUUCCUGAAAUCAGCCGAAUACAAGUCAGCAGUUUAUAAGGCUAUUUCAAUUUUAAUAUUUGCAGAAUAUUGAAAUAAUAUUUCUAUAUUUAUUUGGUCACCUUAUUUACAAGUGCAUUCUGGUCUGGCAGAGAUGUUUUCAUACAUUUCUAUAUAUCAUUUCAUGAUUCCAGUAGUCAAAAACCAAUGACUCUGAAAUUUAUUUCUGAUUAAGCACUUAUACAUAUGACAUAUUCAUAAGAUAAUUAUUGAAGGAGAGGUCAGACUUGAUCAUGUCUCCCCAUUUCUGAUCUUAGUUAUAAUUAUCGUAGUAUGCAACGAUAGAGCUCAAUUUAGGCAGAGUAUAUCAUUUGAAAGGUUUUUAUAUAGAAAAGAGUUAGAGCUGUCUAGGAGUAAAUUAGCCACUAUUACUCAAGCUGUUGAAAACGGAAUAUUAAUAAUAUCAAAUGAAAAAAUAGAAUUUUAUAACUCUAGCAUUUUACAGCUCUUGGGCUGUGAAGGCAAUAAUUUGUACUCAGUUUUACAGAGGAUUGAGUAUUGUCUUGAUAAAAAAGUUACAAAAAUGACUAAUUCAAUACUGCUUUUUGAUGAUAUUAAUUUUGCAUUAGAAAAUAUAAUUAACAAUGAAAUUUGCUUAGGGAUAACCAAGCAAGGGACUAUUAAUUUAGAAUGAAGAGUCAAAAAAAUUAUCUGGGAAUCAAGACCUUGCAUAUUUCUAUCAAUCAGAAAUGCUAACCAAAUAAUCGAAAUGGAGUCGAACAUCGCUAAUGAUAAGAUGAAAACAAUUUUACUUAGAUCAGUUUCGCACGAGUUGAGAACUCCUCUAACUGCAAUUACACACUUUAUUAGUGAGUUUUCUGAGCAAAAAAAGCAUAAAUUAAAUUCAGAAGAUAUUGAGCAAUUAGCCAUUAUAUCAACUUCUUCAAAACUAAUGCUCUCCCUUAUAAAUGACUUAUUAGACUAUUCAAAAAUUUUAGCUGGUGUUUUCUCAAUCAGAAAAACCUAUUGCAAGUUUCGAGAAAUUUUAAAAAACACUUGUGAACUUAUAACAAUUCAAGCAAAAAAGAAAAAAAUAGUAUUCAUUUGCAGAGUAGACCCAACAAUCCCUGAAGAGAUAUAUACAGAUUCUUUAAGGCUAAGCCAAGUUUUAUUGAAUUUAUUAAGUAAUGCAUUGAAAUUUACUAUGAAGGGUAGGAUUGAAAUUUCUUGCCUGAUUGAUGCAAAUGGUAAACUAAAAUGCUAUGUAGAAGAUACUGGUAUUGGAAUAUCUGAGUCUAUGAUGAAAAAGCUCUUUAUUGCAUUUAGUUCGCAAAAUAGCUCAAGUAUAAACCCAAAUGGCUCUGGGCUGGGUCUUUCCAUAUCAAACUUUUUAGUAAAAUCGCUAGGGGAGCAUCCUAUUAAGGUAAAAUCUCAGGUGGGAAAAGGCUCUAUGUUUUGAUUUUCAAUUGAUAUAUUUCAAGGAAAGUAUGAUCAGGGUAGCUAUGAAAAAAUAAAUACUCUGGAACCAGAAGAGCUCCAUUAUUUUUCACUAUCUAAAUAUGAAAGAUAUAGAUCUAAUAGCUGAACCGAUGUAUUAGUUGUGGAUGACGAUGAGUUUAAUUUAGAAGUCAUAGAAUCAAUCCUUAAUAAGUACCAUAUAAAACACUCGAAAGCACAUAGCGGACGAGAAGCUAUAAAAUCUAUUGAGUGUAGAGAUACAAAGCAUCAGUUUAAAGUGAUUUUAAUGGAUUGCAACAUGCCUGAAAUGGAUGGAUUGGAAACUACCAGAGAAAUUGACUUGCUUUAUAAAGAAGGGAAAAUUAAGAAUAUGCCUUAUAUUAUUGCUCACUCAGCUUAUUCAUCAGAUGAAGACAGGCAGCUAUGCUUUCGCUCCGGAAUGAGUGAUUAUUUGUUAAAGCCCUCGCCUCCAGAAGAAAUUAUAUCUACCAUAAAUAAAUAUCUAUAA